AUGGAGGGAUGAAGGGAUGUAUGUGCAAGGGGAUUUUCGUGAAGCCUGUGAGCAGGCACAGAGGGCAAUACGACCUGGCCCCCGCCAGGGGGUGCUGGUGAGUCGGGCUGUGUCCGAGGAGGAGGACGGAGGCCUGUGACGUCACGACCCGUGAUGCGCGCGCGCGCGCGCCGCACGGUGGUUGGCUCUGGAGCAGGAAGAGCUGUGUGUGUCGUUGUUCUUGCCGUUGUGCUGCUGUAGGCUUUGUAGAGGUUGAACAGUCGAGCCUUGUUAUCAUUUCGGUGAAAGUGGAUGCCGUUUUCUUUCAGGAAACGUUGGAGUUGAAUGACUGUCCACCUCCUGAGUUCGGGCUCUGUUUCGGAGCGCGGCUCCGUCCGAGAGGCAUGUCGGGUGCGCCGCUGCGAGUGGCCGGGGGCUGCUAAUGAGGCAGGCUGCCGUUGGUGGGGAGAUUGGAGCUGGCUGUGCCUGUUGUGGCCCCGGUUGUUUGCCCUCGCUGGCGGAGUAGACGAAGCCUGGGACCUGUCUGGAGUUGGAGGUGUCUCGUUGGGGGAGCUUGAGUGGGAGCGGUUGUGGCUGGUGUGUGGGACACUGAUUGCCGAGCGCACGCGGCUCCGUUCGGAUGCUUGGCUUAGAUCCAACUGCUGAAACGUGGAUGGCGGGUAGCCGAUGUCGAAGAGAUCUUCGUCUGACUCCGUUGCUCUGAUCUGUGUGAGGAGCGCAGCAGCGUUGAUCCAUGUGUUUGAAUAUGAAGGAAGACAGGCUGUAGUAUAUUGUCCCUAUAUACAGGGUUAUGAGGAUUAUGAGAAGUACCUGUGCAAGAACGAAUGCGGCAACGACGAUGAUGUUCUUAUUAAGACGACAGAAGCAAAUAAACACAAAUACUCCAUCGAGGAUGACGGAAAGGGACUCUUCACAGCAACCAUCUCUGAUCUGAGUUUGACGGAUGCUGGGAAAUACUGGUGUGGGGUGACCAGGACUGGAAAGGAUAUCUACUCUGAAGUGCAACUAGAUGUAGUUGAAGACAGCUGUUGUGACACAACCAGCACAGUUCAGGGUAACGAGGAGAGUUCAGCAUCAUUCAGCUGUACGUAUGAGCCGGAGAACAAGGACAGUGAGAAGUACUUCUGCAGAGGAAACCAGCCUUCCAGGUGUCUGCAGAACACUUUAAUCACGUCUCCCAACCAACAAAACAGACGGUUCAGACUUACAGAUGACAAGGCGUCAAGAAGGUUCACACUGACAAUCACCAGUUUGACCAAACAGGAUGCUGGCUCGUACCUUUGUGGUGUCCAUAGAAACACCGAUCUGGAUUUGUUUGAGGCUUUUGAGCUAGCAGUCCAAGGGUGGUGCUGUGUGAACACAAACAAGCUGAAAGGCAUUGUGGGACAUCCAGUAACCAUGCACUGCCCCUACCCACCACAACACAGGGAUAACAGGAAGUUUCUCUGUAAGGGAUAUAACCGCAAAAACUGUAGAGACAUGGUGAAGACUCAAAGCAGGUUCACGCUGCAAGAUGAUGUUUCCUCCAGCUCUUUCUCUGUGAUGAUCACAGAGCUGAAAGCAGAGGAUUCUGGGACAUACUGGUGUGGAUCAGACUCACAGUGGAAUGUUGGAAACUACCUCAAGAUUCAACUAUCAGCAGCAUUUGAGAAUCAGACUACCAGAACUGUGGUCUCUACCAUCACUGUGGUAUCCACCAGCACUGUUGGAUCACAACUGACAAAUACCACUGGAAAACCUAUCAACAGAAUGUCAGUUCUCUUUCACCCAGUGGUCUACAUCAUCCCUGCUCUGCUGCUCACACUGACAUUCGCCCUGGUUAUAGUUUGUAAAUGCAGAAUGGACAAACGGAGAGGAACAAGAGCCAAUGUUAACAGAGACAACACCAAUGAAGCAGCAAUAGAGGAAUUGCUGGGUGAAGCAGAUAUUUAUGCAAACCAAGAGUUGGUGCUCUCAGAAAAGUUGCCCAGCAAACAGCGGCGUGCCUGUCAACGCAAUGAGUAUGCAGGUGAAGACCAACAAGACUCUGUGUACCGCAACAUCUCCGCAUCAGAGGAUAUCUACUGCAAUGACAUUUACAUAAACAGUUAGCCAUAUGAACAGCAUGCACCGCUGUGAUCAUCCUCUCAUUUCUAGGUCACAUUUGUAACCAAUGAUGUGCUGAUGAUGUGUUCAGGAGCAACAAAGAUAUGUAUUUUAUCAAUAAUUACCAUCAGUUAUAUUUGUAUUCAUUGCUUUAUUAAAGGGAUAGUGGAAAUGGAA